AUGUCGGCAAUAUGUGGCGUCUGCCACGAAAAUCCGUCCAAAUAUCGUUGCCCCAAAUGCGACUUGAGAUUCUGCUCGGUGCCAUGUAGCAAAGUACACAAGACCUCGCAUGAGGAAGACACCCCCGUCCAAGUCGUCCCGAGCGCAGAUACUGCAUCACAGCCAGGACAAUCUGCAGAAAAACCGGGCCAGCUGUUCCCAGCUCGGCAUAACGAGUCUGCUCAGACGACGGUGAAUAGCCAGUCGGGAUUUGAAGGGUUCGAGAACGAUGCAGAGCUCAAAAGACUUCUGUCCCGGUUUCCACAUCUCAAGUACGAGCUGCAGCUGGUCUAUGGUGUGACUAUCGAACCCGGACCAGAUGACGCCCAUACAUGGGCGAAACAGAAGUGGUUGGAUGAUGGGAACGCCCAACCGCGAUCUAAGGGCUCACGGUCUCGUGGCGGACGAGGUCGAGGCGGUUUCAAGUGUGGUGGCCAUCGAGGCGGCCAUGGCGAUAUGGCUGGCGAGCUGCCUGUGGUGGAGGACAGACUACAUGGUCCAUGGACGCAAGCCAAAGGCGACAAACAGGGUACUGGGUACAUUCGUAAAUUGCAAGAAGUGAGCCAUCCUGAGCUUUCGGAGGGCAUGCUCGAAUUCGUCAGGUUAUGUGCUAUGAGAUUCGGUUAA